UAGUAAGAUUCGACAUGACAAAAUUAAGAAUGAAUAUCUUUGUGAAUUGGUAGGAGCAAACACCAAGUGAAGAUAAGUUGAGAGAGAGAACAGACUAAGAUGGUUGGGUCAUGUACAAUAAAGACCUGUAGAUGCAAUGGUUAGGAAUAAUCAUCAUAAAUGUAAAUAUUAGUGGUUGACCUAAAUAGGUAUGGGAUGUGGUACUAAAGAGAGGUAUGGAUUUAUUUAACUGAGCAUAUAGUCCUUGACAAAGUGGUAUGACAAAAAAUAAUUCAUGUAGCGGACCCUACUGUGUUGGGACACAAGGCUUAGUUUGGUUUGAUUUGGUUUGGUUUGGUUAAACUUUCUUGGGCAAAAUAUUAAGAUAGGUUACCCUUUUUCUUAUAGAAAAACUCAUGUGGCAUGAUUGACCUGUGAUGACAGAAAAGUAAUGUUGUAAGAUGACACUGAUCUCUUUUUAAUACUGUGUCAGUAAUAGGUAAAUUAUGUUAAUAUGCCUGUAUUUUCUCUGCUUUUUGUGUUAUUCAGUUGAAGGAAAUAACAGAGAAGUUGCCUCCUGAGGUAUCAAACAGUGACGACUUUAAAGACAUGAAUGCUCUAGUCGAAGAUUUUCUGAGUAGGAAUAGAGUUCCAGGGUCUGAUUCUCAUUCUUCCUUGCAAGAAGACUUGGUGUAUGACCAUCAAAAUCGGCCUGAUAGAACUUCCUUGAUUGAGUCUACUAAUAGGCAAGAUCGUAGGAUGGAAGAUCAUCUGGAUGUUGUAGGAGUUAGAGAACUACCACAAAAUGGUGAAGAUACUCCAAGGAAUAGUAACAGACUAUCUGAUGCUAGAGAACCUGUACCUAUACAAAGCAAUGAGAGUGGUUCAAGAUCACCUAAAGCUCCUCCAAAGACUGAAGGACAAAAAGAAGUCAUUGAACAAUUUGAACCCGGUGUUUAUGUAACUCUUAUUCAACUGCAGGAAGGUACUAAGAUCUUCAAGCGAGUUAGAUUCAGCAAAAGAAGGUUUGCCGAGCAGCAGGCAGAGGAAUGGUGGAAGGAAAACAAAGACAGACUACUUAAAAAGUACAGCCCGCCGCCAACGUCAAAUAACACUCCAACGAGACCACCCACAACUCCAACGCCUGCUGAUGAGAAUGCUGAGGUGGUGAAUACUGAGGCGGCAAAUACUGAGGUGACACCAUCUCUGUAAACAUGGUUUUGUAGCUUAGUCUCUUGCAAUCAAAUGCGGACAAAUGCGAAAAGUGUAAGUAGGAAAAGUUAUCAGCAACUGUAUGAGACGGUGGAUGUUGUAAGGCCGACGUGUUUGCUCUCAGAAACAUAUUAUAGCUUUUUUCCGAGUACGAUGGACAACGGGAUUCUUUCUUUAUUCUGGCCUGCAGGCACGAUAUCUAAUGUCGUAAAAGACAAAAGUGAAAUGCUUCUUAACACCAAUUGAUUUUUAGGAGAGGUGGUGAAACUCGGUGUGACAAUAAUUUUUGUCAUUCAUUUAAAUAUUUAUUCUUUUGUGUUGUGCUAUUUCCAGAAUCUAAUAGUUGCUAUUCAAGUUGUACAGUAAGUGAAUUUUCUAGUGGGGAAAAAACAUACAUUGUUGUCAUUUGUAGAGCUACAUUUUUUAGGUAGAACCCUUUGUAAUGCAAGGAAGUGCAUUUUUCUUUCAUUGUAUCUGGGAGAGAGAUCAGAUUGUAGGGCUUCCGCAAGUUUUAUGCAUGUUGAUAUGGCAGUUCAGAUUAAUGCUAGAAUGAUCAAAUUAAUGUAUCAA